AUGGAGGGACACACUGACGACAAAAUCAAUGAAUUUGACGAGCAGGAUCGCUGCUUGCACGAUGCCCAGCACGGGUUCCGUGGGAAACGAUCCUGUCAAACCCAAUUCAUUGAUACUAUGGAGUUUUAUACGAGUGUUGCGGACAGAGAGUUGCAACUGGACGUAGCCUUGCUGGACUAUUCCAGGGCCUUUGAUAGCGUUCAUCACUCUCUGCUGAUAGAGAAGUUGGCCAACCUGGUUCCUCAAGUACCCAGUUCAAAUCGAACACAACCGAAGGCUGCAACCAACCGCUGCUUUUCAUGUAGUGAAUACCAUCUUCGUUUGACUUGUCGAUUCCGUAAUGCCACUUGCCAUGCAUGCGGUGAGUUGGGCCAUAUCCGCAAGACUGUAAUCAAAGGACUCGACGGUGUGCUUGCAUAUCAAGAUGACGUCCUCAUUUUCGGCAUUAAUAAGAAAGAACACGAUGCCCGUCUGACGCAGCUACUGGAACGAGUUGCCGCGAGAAACGUGGCUAUCAAGCCGUCCAAGUGUGUGUUUGGAACACGUUUCAAACCAUUGACUAACAUCGAACUUCCAAAGGAUCAAACGCAUUUGAGAUCCGUGAUGGGAUGCCUACAGUACUAUUCCCGAUUUAUCCCGAACUUUGCUACAAGGGCGCAGCCGCUUUUCCGUGCUCAGUGUUCUGACGCUUGGGAUUGGUCGGUGGAGUGUGAAGAUAUCUUACGUGGUUUAAUUCACUGCGUUACUGAUCGUCUUGUUCUGGCCCCGUUUUCACCUUCAAAACCGACUACAUCCACCACUGAUGCGUCCGACGUCAGAAUCGGUGCUGAAUUAGAACAAAUUGGUUACCCAGCGAUCUGCAUUUCACGUCUACUCAAUGCGGCAGAAAAGGGAUACUCACAGACUCAAAAAGAAGCGUUAGCUGUAUUUCGGGCUGUUCGACGAUUGCACAAGUACCUUUUCGGAUUGCGGUUUACUAUCAUCACUGAUCACCAAGCGCUACAGUUCUUGUUCAACCCAAACAUAUCCAUCGCAAUGUCCACUGCUGCUAUGCUACAGAGGUGGAGUAUCGCUCUAGCCGCAUAUAACUACGACAUCCAACAUCGUCCAGGAAAGACAAUCCCGCAGGCUGAUUUCCUCUCUCGCUACUCACAAUUUUCUGAGGCCGAACAGUGUCAGUUCAUCUCNAAACCUUAA